AUGAGUUCCUCAUCCAGUAGUACUUCUAAUAUCAGUGAUAUGUCAAGUGAAGAUUUGGACGAGUUUUUUGCUGAAGAAUUGGAGGAAUCGUUUGAUUUUCAGGGAUAUCAAUUCCAGCUAAUUCGUCGUCGUUCAUUAAGUGAGGAAGAAGAUUCGGAUAGCAACUCUUCCAGUUCUUUAAUUGAGGCUGUGAAUCUCCGACUACAAAAUUCAGAUUGGUGUACGUGCGAGCAUUGCCAAUUAAUGGAUCGAGAUGUUGAGUGUAUUUGUUGUCAUGAAGUACCUCAAAUAAUAAGCGAAAAUCAGCAAGUAUUCGAAGAGGAAAAUCUUAGCGAGCCAAUUUCUUGUGUUACCAAUAAUCCUGGUUUCAAGGCAGUCUGUUUAAAUCGAUGGGUACUGGAAGCUGCAUGGUUUCAGUAUCGACAGUAUUAUGGCAAUAAGACUUUAUACCAAGGUCCUGAACAUAAGAGAAAGCGACACAUUGCAUAUAGGCAGUUGGUUCGAUUGUGUUGGGGCGUUUUAGGUAAAGAAAUCAGGGUGGUUUUACCUUCAUGUGCAGUGAUGUGUAUUCGUGCCCAUUUCCCACCACCUGGCCUUGAGGAAGAUUUUGAGUACACUGGUUUUCUUUAUGCUGAUGAGUAA